CCCAGCCAGCCUCUGCCACCCACGUCCGUCCCAAAACAGCGCUCGUAGUCUACACCCGCUGGCACCACCCAAGCGACGUUGACGGCUUUUAAUGUACACAUACGAGCAUGAACCAUCGGUCCCCACGGCGGAAGGAGAGCAAAGAAUAAUAGGCACCAGACCUUCCGCCGGAUGAUACAGUAUGGCAUGGGAAGACGACGCCGGGUGGGUUUGAGCGGACGCGGUCGCUCAGCUCUCCGCCACAGAUUUUGCUCGCUGCGGGACAGAAGCAAGCUCUCUAAGUACGUUACCAAGCUCAGCCGCAUUCCCAAGUUCCAGCGUAACAGGACAGAACCCGAUGUUCUAUUCGAGGCGGCAUUCGACCAAGAGAGAGGGUUGACAUGCGACUUGCGCACUGCCCAGGAGGCUCGGCAGCUGUGCGAGAGCGAAGAGGUGAUGGUACACUACAGGAUGAUUACAUGGAGGAUUAGUUUGCUGCUAAUGAACAGCUUCCCCUGCCUCGUCAUCUGCGACUAUGCCGACUCUCACCAAGAACAGGAGUGGCAGCCGUACGCAGCGGCAUGGCGAAUGCACGCACGGUGGAGGAGGCUGUUUAGAGGCGCCAUACGUGCUGCGGAAGGUAAAAAAGAUCUGGUUGAACGCGUGAGUGUGCCAGUCGAUGGGCUCUCGAUGAGAACACGUGGUGCAUGGACACCAUCCGGCCGCUGGUGAAGCUCGCGAUGAGGCUUGAAGGGGGGACAAGUUCUGGCUCCAAAGC